AUGUCACAAUUAGCUGCAAAAUCCUACCUGCUUUUUUGGAAUUACAAUUGCUUUAAACGUCAAGGCGGUCAAUUGGCUGGUGUUACAUCUGCUAAAGCAAGCCUGCAAGAUGUACCUACAGCACAGACCUUGGCUGCAGCUGAAACCGUCGGGGCGAAAAGGUUGUUUACAAAUUUCAAUUUUAAACUUCUUGUCUUAGUAGCGUUCUGGGUUUCCCAACAAAGGAGGAAUCUUUCAUUGGAUAAGCAUUUGCGUGCCCCUUGUUACAACGACUUUUUGUGUAAAAAUAACUACAUUCCUCACAUUCUUAAAAAAGCACACGCUAUUAAAGUAUAUAAUUUCAGGAAAGAUAGUUUGUCGCUGGCUUUGAAGGCGGGUCUUAUGUCUACCCCAUGCUCUUCACCCCGUCAGGAUGCAGAUGGUAUAAUAGACUCUAUUCCCAAAGAUCAAGAUUUCAUCUACACUUUACUGGAGGAAACAAUCAAAAGAGAUAAAAAGUGA